GAUGGCAUUAGUAUUCGGCAGCAUCAACGUCGACGAAUUCUUUAGCGUACCACAUAUAGUCAGACCAGGCGAGACAUUAGCCUCUACUAAAAUAACAAAGAAAGCAGGCGGCAAGGGUGCGAACCAGGCUGUCGCAUUAGCCAAGGCAUCAGCUGCUGUAUCCCUCGCUGGACAAAUAGGUGAAGACGGCGAGUGGAUAAGAACUCUCCUACAAUCUUUCAAUGUUGAUACUUCCCUUCUCAAAACCAACAAUAGUCUACCAUCCGGUAGAGCAACGAUACAGAUCAGCAGCGAAGGUGAAAACUCUAUUGUGUUGUUUGGCGGUACAAAUAUGCUGUCUUAUUCUGAUGCACUCCCACUAUCAAAAUACCAGUUUUUGCUACUUCAAGAGGAAAUUGUACAUAGUGAGACAACAUCAACACUGAUUGACGCACAUUCACAGGGCUUGAAAACCAUAUACAACCCAUCACCAAUGCCAAAUGCUACUCAAUUGCGAAAUUUCCCUUGGUCGAGUUUGUCUUACCUUAUCAUCAAUGCAGGUGAAGCAGCUGACCUACUGAAGGCAUUCGGUGAAGAUCCUACAUCGCUCAGCUCGGCGGAGCUAUUGGAUAAACUCAUGAGCAACCCAUCAACUGGUUCUUUAGAGGGUUUGAUAAUCACUCUCGGUGAAAAUGGUCUAAUUGCACGCAUAAAAAUAGAGGGUAUUCCAACGAAUUACGAACUUCCAACUAUCAAAGUGAAUGCUAUCGAUAGCACUGGCGCAGGCGACACUUUUGCUGGUUACUUUACGGCAUGUCGUAUGAAAAUGCAAACUGUCGAUACAUCAACGAUGGAAUUAGCAUUGAGAAAUGCUAUGGGGGUUAGUGAAUGUUACUAUAUUGUUUAUUCUGACAAAACACAGGCAGCCGCACUCGCAGUAACGAAAUCAGGUGCAAUGGAGGCCAUACCAGAAGUAAAUGAAGUACGUGACUUCCUUGCUCAUAAUGACAUAAAUUGUAUAUUAUAAAAAAAAAUACUAAUCAUUCCUCCCAAUGAUCAACUUGAGUGUCUUCGGCCACCCUUUCAUCUUCAUUAUCGGCAGUAACUGGUGAAGUGCUCAUCUGGGGUGAUCUCAGACCGCCAUUCUCAUCUCCAUUUACACGUUCACGUUCUCUUCUUUCACGCUCAGUUGCUUUUAUAUUUUUGAAUGCGUUGUAGCGCCAUUUGAGCGCUCGAGAUCUUCUCCUCUCGAUCUCUGGAACGAGAGUGAGUAUGCAAAUAGAAACUGGUAUGACGAUUCUCGUAUACCACAAUGGCUGUCUUUGAGGACGUGACCCAUGACCAGAUCUCGUUUGAGGUAAGGGUGGUAAUGGCUGCGAGGAUGCGACUGGUCCAGGUAUUCUCAAUCGUCUAGCUUCAUAUUCUAGAUUCAUAUGAGCUAAGUAAUCCAGAAGCCUUUCAAAAGGAUUGAGGGAAAUAGUUUGUAUAUGAUUUGAUGGAUUGUUAAGUGCCAUCUGAGCUGCCCGGUUGAGCGCAUCGUAGGCGUUUUCAUUAUUUGCUUGAUUUGCUUGAUUUUCUUGGUUUACUCCAUUAUUGUUAUUAUUAUUAUUCUCUUGUCGUUGAGCCUGAGGGCUAAUAGUGUGUCUACGUAUAUGCACAAACCUUGUGGCUUCCCAUAUUGAAUAACCGAUAGUCAAUGUAGCAAGGAUCAACUUCCUUGGCCAAGUU